CGCCCGUUCUCUGAUUCUUCCUGCUGUGUGGCUUCUGGCUUCCGCUGCUGAGCAAGAGCGAGAGCGAGAGCGAGCGAGGAGGAUGGGAAGGGAAAUAUUCAAAAAAGUUGAAGAAAGAAUUGCUUUGAUUGGAAUCUCCAACGCUUAGAAUCUGCAUUCGUUGCUCUUUGGUAUCCCUGAAUUGAUGAAAGCAAUUCUUAGCCACAGAUAAGUUCAUAAAGAGCCAUAAAAAGGAUUAGCGAAUGGAUCGAAAUGAUACGUCUGGUUUUGUUAGUGGAGGAUGCACUCUCUUCCAAGGACUGAACAUCUGACUUGAUUCCUAAUCUAAACAACCCCAGAGGUCAGGCAGCUGCUACUUUCAUUAAUACUUCAGUGUGAUUCUCUUUCGACAUCAUCACAUAUGGAUAAUAGGCUUGCACAUUUUGGAUUUUCUUUGAAUUCGUCCUCCAUAAAUGCUUUUGAGGACUUGGUUCAAUAUCAUACUGACACCACACUGCGGAUUGACUCUCCUGGUGCUUGUCUGAGCGCUCUGAAUUCAAAAGGGGCAAAGAGGAAGUUGUGUGAUGUAUAUGGAAGUUGUACUGAAGUUUCCUCACUAACACUUGGCUUAGGCCAUCCACAGAGUUCUUCAGAUAGCAGCAAGAACAGCUCCGCAACUGCUUGCACCAUGUCUUCUGUCAGGGAAUGUGAUGAUGGGUGUUCCAUGGAUCUUGGAUUAAAUUUCGAUCUCAACCUUGGCAAUGAGAAUAUAUGUUGCUUAAAGAAAAUGCCUCUUGAUAUUCCAAAGCCUAAAAUUGACCUUCAGUUGAGUUUAUCAAUAGGCGGAUCUGAAUCUAUUAUUACCGGUAUAAGUCCAGUCUCAACUUAUGACUAUUUGUCAGACAAAGCAAUAUGUGUCACUCAGGUACAAACUGUCGAUGAAGGGUCAACUUCAUCUCGCUGGAAUGGGAGUAGGUUAUUGCCAUACACAAGUGACACUAACAAAGCUGGUGCUUUGUCCUCUGAAAAAACAAUCUACAACGCAUCUAAUUCAGCAGGACAGACAGACGCCACUUUAUCGAUCAUUCUCCAACCACCAAAAUGUUCAGUUGCUGCUUCCGGGGUAACUCAAACUCAGCAGCGCAAUAGUAACACUAAAAAUUGUCUCUUUCCUGGAUGUUCCAAAGGAGCCAGAGGUGGUUCUGGGUUAUGUAUAGCACAUGGUGGUGGCCAGAGGUGCCAGAAAGCUAAUUGUCGGAAGGGAGCUGAGGGAAGGACCAUCUUCUGCAAAGCCCAUGGGGGUGGCAGGCGAUGCCAACACCUUGGCUGUACCAAGAGUGCUGAAGGCCGUACGGAACACUGCAUUGCCCAUGGUGGUGGUCGUCGUUGUGGCCAUGAAGGUUGCUCCAAAGCAGCUAGAGGAAAAUCAGGUUUAUGCAUAAGACAUGGCGGUGGCAAGAGAUGUCAAAGGGAGAAUUGCACCAAGAGUGCAGAAGGCCAUUCUAGCUUAUGCAUUUCCCAUGGAGGCGGUCGGCGUUGCAAAUUCCUCGAAUGCACCAAAGGUGCGCAAGGCGGCACACAUUUCUGCAAGGCGCACGGUGGAGGUAAAAGGUGCACACACUUGGGCUGCACAAAAGGAGCUGAAGGAAGCACACCUUUUUGCAAGGCCCAUGGUGGAGGGAAACGAUGUGCAUACCAAGGUGGUUGCACAAAGAGUGUACACGGUGGCACCCAGUUUUGUGUGGCUCAUGGUGGAGGAAAAAGAUGUUCUGUACCUGAGUGCACUAGAAGUGCAAGAGGUAAGACAGAUUGUUGUGUUCGUCAUGGAGGUGGAAAGAGAUGCAAGGUCAAGGAUUGUGGAAAGAGUGCUCAGGGUAGUACUGAUUUCUGUAAAGCACACGGGGGCGGUAAGCGGUGCUCAUGGGGGCAGCCCGAGUCAAAUUUUGGUAUCGGUAGCUCUCCUUGCGAGCGUUUUGCCAGAGGAAAGAUUGGCAUGUGUGCUGCACAUACUGCUCUCAUAGAAGAUCAUCGUGUUCAUGGAGAACAUCAACUGGCUAUCGAUUCAGAGAAUCCUACACUCCGAAAACCUGAGAAGAUGAAAGAGAUUGUUAGUCUAGAAAAUUUUCUAGAAAAAGAGAAUGGAAACGAAUGUCGCGCAACACCUCAUAAUCCAGAAGGCAGGGUUCAUGGUGGGAGUCUUAUGGCUAUGUUGGCUAGCAAUGCAAGCCUCAAUAGCACCCAACCCUGUAAGUAAAGCUGAUUGCAAUCUGUCUGGUAAGUGGGUUUAAGGGCUAAAUGUCCAAUCUUCUGUGUGAAUGACUUUCUCAUUUGUACAAUGUAGCACUAUGAUUUGUGUCUUAGUUGUUAUGAAGUCUAAUUUGUAAUCUGAUUUCUGUUUUGUUUCAAACAAUAUUGUAGUACAAUUGUCCCUCUGCAAAGAUUAGGAGAAAACUGAAGAGAAUUGCCUCGAAUGUGAACUUGAGGCAAGCAAAUGGUUGCUUGUAUUAUAAUUUUUUUUGCCUUUUCUCAUCAUCACUGUAGAUAAUGCCAUUUCUUAUGUGGUUC